CCGAGGGGGCUGAGCAGCCAGAGGUCACUUUAGCAACCUGUGGCUGCCAGGGGAAGGCGGCCGGCGAGCCGGCGAGCGAACGACCCGGGAGCGCAGGGGAGGUGGCUCGGGACGCGCGCGCAGAGCCCUUGCCUUUUCUUAUUUUUAUUACGAGUACUCGUGUUCGUAUUCUUUUGGGGUCGGAGGGGAGAGGCAGCCUCCGGUGUUGGUGAAAUCGUCUGGGGAGUCGCUGAUACACCUUGUCCCCCACCCAUCGCGGCUGCACUCGGCUGGGGUGGGGGGCUGCGGCGCCUCGGUGGGGUGGGCAGGUGGCGGCUCCCAGCGCGCCGCAGAGAAAAUCUCCGCGCUCUGUCCCCAGGAGCAGCCAUACCCAGCCCCGCAGUGGCUCUGCCUCCCAUACCUCUCUCUUGGGGUGCUCCGAGCACCUGGGCUGCAUCCUUUGUGAAGUGUAGAGCAGCAGAGAGGCCCGGUGGCCAGCCUAGCGGCCCUCCCAAAAUUCCGAAAAGCCGGCUGAGUUGGAUGGGUUUCAGAGAGCGAGUUGAGAAGGACAGGAGGUAUGGGGUGGGGGAGGGGCCUGGCCAGUGGGAAUGGGUCGUGGAACCCUGACGAAGUGGCCUUUGACAAGACUUGGAAAGAUCCCUGCUUGACUCUGGGGGGCUGGGGGGGGGGCGGUUCUACCCAGGCAUUUUGUCUGUGGGCCCAGGGCCAGACCCUAGUCUCCUUAGGUGCCCAGAUGGGGGUCUACUGGACCCUCUCUUGGCAAAGGUAAUUAAAAUAUAAGUGUGUGUGUGUGUGUGUGUGUGUGUGAUUUUUCAAAUAUAUGCAAGUCAGCCUGGCUGGGAGAGUGUUGGUGUUAGAAAUCAGACCCGAGGCCAAAAUUGGCAAUCUAGAUUUGGGAUAGAAAAAUCAAAAGGUCUCUGGACCUAGUUUCUGGCAAGUGGGAGGGAGCACUCCUCCUACCCACCUGCAAGAGUCCCAGGACUGGGGAGGGGGAGAGACUUCUGCAAUGUGCUGGUUAGAAGGUUGUUUUUUGUGUUGUUGCUGUAUUUGUUAAUGAAAUGGAUAUCGUUCUGACUCCAUCACUAAGGAUGCGAGUAUUUCUCAGGGAGAUGCGUAGGGAGUCUGGGCAAGGUAGAGGCUUUCUCUGUGCCAAUUCCCCUCACCCUGUGAUGGUCUCAGCAUUCAGUCUAGGACUCAGUUCCCUCCAGCCCAAUCCCAGGCUCCCAGUUUAGUAAAUUCAGUGGUUACCGGGACCCUUGGGAAGUUCAUUUGUAAACCCCAGAUUCCCCCAGGUUUACCAGAUCCCCAUUUUGGUCCCACUGCCAGAGACCCUAGCAGGUGGCGGAAUGAGCAAAUUUAGACAGAGAGAGCCUGCCUGGGGCUGGGGAGGUGGGGGAAAUGGGGUUCCUCCACACACUUCAGGGAUUAUCCCCGUUUUCUGGCCCUAGGAGGUGCGGGAGGCUGGGAGGGGCUGGAAUAUCAUCUGGCUGCAUCUUUUAUGGCUCCUCAUUGCCCUUCAUUCGGAAAUGAAACGCCUUUGAUCUUUUUCUCAGGUUGUAAACGGAAUUGCCCGUCAUUAAAUAUCCGGGGCCCCAUCUGUUUGGUCUCCCAGCAUUUUUCUUUACAGCUGUUUCUCUCUCUUUUUACCAUUGAAUUUUUCCAAAAGGACUUUUAUGACACCUCCUUCACACCCAGCCACCUCUCCCUCCUCCCUUCACCAAGAGGCGCCUUGGAAAAUAUCUAGAUAUUCGUUUGAUGGCAAACUAAAGGCUACGAGGGGCACGGAGGAGCCGAUUGGGGUUUUGUUUUUCUUAAAAAAAAAAAAAAAGUCCUGGGGGGAGGGGAGGGACGCGAGGGCACCCAGAAGGGCCUGAUUCUGACUUCGCUGCAGCCUCGGGAUGACCCUUCCUCCUUUUGUGCUUAGCUAAUGUUUACAUCUCAUAAUUCAUGCGCCGCCCAGGGUUGUGCGGCAGCCCCGAGGUUCGCGUCCCUUUGCGGGACCGGCUGCUUCUAUUUCUCUGAUAGAAGAGAAAGAGAGUUGAAAACCUUGUAAUCCCCAAAAUGGACCCGCAGUGUCUUCCUGCUCCCAGAGCUCAAACGUAGAACAAAACGAAAUAAAAUCAAAGCACUGAAACCACACCCCAAACGAAGAAGGCGCGGAAAGUAGGAGAACUGGAAAAUUUCUGGGCCAAGAAGAUCUGUCUGUCUUCUGUAUAUACCCUGUAGAUCCGAAUUUGUGUAAGGAAUUUUGUGGUCACAAAUUCGUAUCUAGGGGAAUAUGUAGUUGACAUAAACACUCCGCUCAUUUUUUUCCCGAAGAAAUUUUUUUUUCCCAAAAAGAGGACCAUCCGGUGACUGACCACACGAAGACGCCUUCCUUUUUUUUUUUUUUUUUUUUUCCUUCCUCUUUCCUUUCCUCCCUCAUUGGUUAGAGAUGGAGGAAUCAUCUACCUGAAAUAUCCCAUGCCUAGGCGCCCCUGGAAGGCUUGGUCCCUUUUCACUUCUCUUAAUAGGUUCAUAUAGGUGGUGGUGUUUUAUCCACUCCCCCAAGCCCACUUAUUCUCUAUUCUGGGAUCAGGGAGGCUUUACUGAAAAUCCGGGAAAAAAUGACUAUUGUUGUCAGUGUGCGAAGGCAAAGAAAAUCGCUUUUCAAACGGAUGUUGAGGUUGCCUUUUCAUUUGGGAUCAGAACAAGAUGCCCUGGAAAUAUGCAAUUACUAAGGGGUGUUAUUGUGUGUGGGGGUCACCCCUAGGGCUCCUACCCCCAGCAUCAUAAGGAUGUGAGAUUUCUGUUCACUGCAGACGCAGCUGCAUGAGCGGCAAUUAGAACGGCUGGAUACCGUGGUUAGCAUUGCUCGGGUGGUUCUGGAAUUAGCAAAUGGCUAUUCAGUGCGCUCUCAAAAGUUGCAAGAUUUUUACUCCAGCACUCAUGUUCCGUGUGGGGAACCAAGCCGUUUCUCGGCGUGGGCCGUGUGGGGUAAGGGGAGGACUGGAUAUGAGAGGGGAACGGAAGGACUGACUGACACAGCCAAACUAAUAGCGCAGCUAAAUGCGAUUUGGAAGGCGAGGUCUCCCCGAAUUAGUGCAUGAAUUUCCUAUCGAUCCGCCCGCGGUUCCAUUCAUCUCUGACAAGUCCCUCCUGCACCCGCCUGCUUGCUCCCGACGCCUCCUCUCUUCACUCCCUACCCCUCCCCAGGCGACUGCAGAGAAAAGCCCGGUGCUCAGUGCCCUCUCGCCCCCAUGUGGGUUCCUCUCUCUAGGCGGAGCCCCCAGUCUGCCCCUCAACUUAACUCCCCACACAGCCUCCUGGGCUCCUUCCCGUCGUGAGGAGGGGAUGGGGGGCCUAUGGAAGGCAGAGAAUGCGGGGCGGUGAGGCCGGACAGGAGGGGGCUGCCCCGAGAGCCCCAACUUCGAGGGGAUCCCGGGAUGAUUGUUCUCUGCCCAGCGCCCCAACAGGCCCUCCGGCGGCAACCUGCCCUCUUCCUCUCUUUCUCUCCCCCUUUCUCUCUCACUCUCUUUCUCUGAUCCCGGAGAGAGCUAGGCGAGGAGGCGGUCGCCCUGCAGGAGCCCUAUGUAAAUCCUGGCGUUGGGUGGGUGGGGAGGGGGAAAAGAGAAGAAGGGGAAAUAAACCUCUUUGGCUGGAGUAGGGUCCGGGUGAGCAGAUUUCCUUAUCCGGGAAUCGCAGGCGGGGCGGCCAUUGGCUCCGAGGAUCACGUGGGCCCCUAACUUUGUUCACUUGACAGUAAGUAGGAGGGCUUUCGGAAACAGGAAAACGAGUCAGGGGUCGGAAUAAAUUUUAGUAUAUUUUGUGGGCAAUUCCCAGAAAUUAAUGGCUAUGAGUUCUUUUUUGAUCAACUCAAACUAUGUCGACCCCAAGUUCCCUCCGUGCGAGGAAUAUUCACAGAGCGAUUACCUACCCAGCGACCACUCGCCGGGGUACUACGCCGGCGGCCAGAGGCGAGAGAGCAGCUUCCAGCCGGAGGCGGGCUUCGGGCGGCGCGCGGCGUGCACCGUGCAGCGCUACGCGGCCUGCCGGGACCCCGGGCCCCCGCCGCCUCCGCCACCACCCCCGCCGCCCCCGCCACCGCCCGGGCUGUCCCCUCGGGCUCCUGCGCCGCCGCCCUCCGGGGCCCUCCUCCCGGAGCCCGGCCAGCGCUGCGAGGCGGUCAGCAGCAGCCCCCCGCCGCCUCCCUGCGCCCAGAACCCCCUGCACCCCAGCCCGUCCCACUCCGCGUGCAAAGAGCCCGUCGUCUACCCCUGGAUGCGCAAAGUUCACGUGAGCACGGUAAACCCCAAUUACGCCGGCGGGGAGCCCAAGCGCUCUCGGACAGCCUACACUCGCCAGCAGGUCUUGGAGCUGGAGAAGGAAUUUCACUACAACCGCUACCUGACGCGGCGCCGGAGGGUGGAGAUCGCCCACGCGCUCUGCCUGUCCGAGCGCCAGAUCAAGAUCUGGUUCCAGAACCGGCGCAUGAAGUGGAAAAAAGACCACAAGUUGCCCAACACCAAGAUCCGCUCGGGUGGCACCGCAGGCGCAGCUGGAGGGCCCCCUGGCCGGCCCAACGGAGGCCCCCCCGCGCUCUAGUGCCCCCCCCCGCACGGGAGCCGCGAACCUCGGGGCGGGGGUGGGUUGUGAGCGCGGGGGUGGGGGCGGGCGGGGGGAGAUGCGGGAGGGGACCCUGGGGCCUGGGUCCGCAAAAGCCUACCUGCCCUCCCCUCACUUUAUCUAUUUACACGAAUAAACGCAGAGGAGGGGGAGGGGAAGCUUUAUUUAUAGAAAUGACAAUAGGGAGCCGGGUGAGGCCCCCCCAGAAGCAAGGUUCAAGUCUCUUGCUUUCUUCCUUAAAAAGAAGAAGAAGAAGAAGAAGAAGAAGAAAAGGAGAAGAGAAAGAAGAAGACAGAAAGAGAAAUAGGAGGAGGCUGCACUCCUCGCUUUCAGCUUUGGCGAAGAUGGAUCCACGUUUCAUCUUUAAUCACGCCAGGCCCAGGCCCAUCUGUCUUGUUUACUCUGCCGAGGAGAGGAUGGGCCUCGGUGGCGACCAUUACCUCGACACCCGGCUAACAAAUGAGGCCCGGCUCGGCCGCGUUUACUGCUGCCACCGCUGGAACACAGCCUGGAUUUUCUUUCUUUGUCCCCCAUUCCUGACACUCAGCGAAAGCACCCUGUGACUGCCAGAUAGCGCAGUGUUUUGGCCACGGUAACACACACACACACACACACACACACACGCCCUCCCCUUCAGUGCCCCCGCACAGGCACACUGACUUCUCACCCCCCCCCUUCCACCAAGAGGCUGGGCUGGGGGGCAGCAGGAAGGGGACAAGUGGAGGCCCGGGUGCAGGAGCAGGCAGGGAAGUUGGGUCCGAAAAAAAAAAAAAGAGAGAGACCCGGAGACACGGGAGGGACUUCUGGAAGGUCAGGCCGUUCCUGGCAGAGCCAGAGGCCAGUUGAGUUCUGGGAGCUGGGCGCAACCCUGUUGCCAAUCUAGAAUUGUUCUGCCAAGGCCUUCUCUCCUAGACUGCAAACGAAUGUGAAACUAGCAAAUAAAACAGGGUGCCCCUCCCGGUCUGGGAGAUGAUGUUGCAGAGACCUUUCCCAUAGUUUAUCAUUGUUUUGCAUUGAUUAUUAUUAUUAUUAUUAUUAUUAUUAUUAUUUUAUUAUUUUAUGUCAUGUGCGUCCUCUCUCCUGUUCGCUCUCUGACAUUCCAAACCAGGCCCCUUCCUAGUUCUGGGGCUACCUGAGUCUAGAACCCUUCGUUGGUGUGAAAAUUUGUGUCCUGUACAGAGUGACAAUAGAAAUAAAUGUUUGGUUUCUUGUGA